AUGCAUGUGUAUAUCCUCUUGGCCCUGCUCGUCGGGUAUGUGGCCGCCACGGGGGUGGUAGGGUGGAGGUUCCUAAGGAUAUAUUGCCACAAAGACGAGAGAAAUAAUUUUCUAAAUAUAACAAUAAGGCUCGUCAUCAUAAUGGGGUACAUACAAUGCAUGGGGAUGAUAAUCAUCGUACCAGCCGUAGCCCAAGUGGCUUCUUUUCCCAAAAUGAAGGAGCAUUUCAACCCGAACUUUAUGUGCAAAAUCAUAUACGCCAUUUUCGGGAUCUACGUAUUUAUCAUAACACCAUGUUUAGCAGUGAUCUAUUCGCAUGUAGGAGAGGUGUCCCACACAGAUCAGUAUGCAAGUGAACCAAACAAACGAAGAAUUAAGCACUGGGGGAGAUACAUCAGAAAGAUAUGUACACAUAGAACAAGCGCCAUCUGCAAAAACGUACUUCUCAUGUGGAUAGUCUCUAUUACUCUGUCAUGCUGCAUCUUGUUUUUAACCUACUUACAUUUUCACAAAAUCAGAUUGUCUUUAAAUGCACAUAGCUGUACACAGUGGUAUCCCUACUUAGAGGAGACCAUGAGAAAGAAAUUACUCUCCUUGAAUUUGAAGAAUAUAAAGAUGUGCCAAAAUGUGGGAAAUGAAAACAUUCCAAUUGUCUUCAAUUUAAAUUUCAAUGACUAUGUGAUUAUGUUUGUCUCGUUGAUGGGUUCUAUCGUCUUGGCCGUCUACGUGGGCGUCGGACUGGUAUCCCUUCCGCUUGGUUUAUUGUUUUCCGCUGUGAGUCGCUAUCGGGGGGGAGAAGCCACUCCUGCAAUUAAAGUUACGAACGCGGACGAACGAAGGGAAGACAUAUUCAAGGAUCAGCUCAUUCGCAUCAACAGAAAGGCAGAAGAUCUUCUACAGGUUACCCAAGAGGUAGAACUCAGCAGAGAGCAAACAUGCAAGUCGAAUUAUAUCAAAUCAUUUCUUCAAAACAUACAACAUAAACGAGAGAAAAGGAUUCUUAACUACAUGGUGCACAGGCUAGUAGUCGAUUAUGAAAAAUCUGUUUACCGUUAUAAUAAUCCGACAAGUGUAACAUCUUCUUAUGGUUUCUUCCUCCUGGGUUUUUUUUUUUUACUCGCUAAUGCAUCUAUAAUUGUCUACCUUUACUUGUGCAUCUUGAGGGGGUCUGCAGGACAGGGCAAGUUGACUAGCGGAUGGCUUCUCCACUGGGACGCUACGCAGGAGCUCCUCGAACGGAAAGAUUCACUUCCUCUUUCGUUGCUGAUUUACCCCUUGGUGGCGUCCUACUUUCUCGUCUGCGCCUUUUCCGGAUUUAACUACAUCUGCCACAAGCUCAAGGUGGGACUUCUUUUGGCCCUCGAGAGGAAGAACACCUACUUGGAUAUCAUUCUCCUGAACACUUGUCUCCUCAUGUUUGUGUCGUCCGGAGCAGCCCUAAUUAUACUGAGACUCUUCCCAGCGUAUGCAAAGGAGCCAUACGCAUUUGCCUUUUUCGAUUUGGCCUUGAAGAACCUCAGCAUCAUCGGAUACCUAUACACAAGGAACGGCCUCCUUCAUCUAAUUCUAGUGGUCAGUGUACUAACGGUCCUGCUAUUUUUCGUGCCAGAGGAGAGUGACUUAUUUUCGGUGUUUAUGCCAGCCACCUUUCGGAAGAUACUAAACCAACCAGGGGAAGCCGACUCUGGCAUAGUUUCGGACAUCGAGUUAGAAGGACAGUUAGAUGUCAAUAUAAAAAGGAAAACUACCGUCGACAAGUGCUGA